AUGGCGCCAGACACGGACGGAAAGCAGUCUGAUCAGGGCCAGCUGGAGGUGCACGAGGCCGAGCAGGUCAGCAACGGCUCGUCCGGCGGCCGUGAAGUGCACCGGCCACACCACCUCGAGGUGGUGCCCAUCGAGGAGGAAGCUCACCAGGGCGACGUGCACAUCAACCUGAGCUGGCGGUCAUGGCUCGUCGUGUUCAUCACCUGCUUCGCGAUCAUGGCCCAAGUCUUCGUCGUCGUGGCAGCCGGCUCGGUGAUCGCCUUCAUCAUCCGCGACAUCGGCUCGGCGUCGCUGGCGGGCUGGGUCAUCCAGGGCCCGCUGCUGAUGCAGUCGGUGCUGUCGCCGAUCGUGGGGCGGCUGUCGGACGUACUGGACCGCAAGAUGCUGGCGGCGGUGCCGCCGCUGAUCGCCUUCGCCGGCGCCGUCGUGUCGGCCCGCGCCACCAACAUGAACAUGCUCAUCGGCGGCGGCAUCCUCAUCGGCACCACGCUGUCCACCAUCUCCAUCGUGCAGGCCAUCCCGUCCGAGAUCUUGCCGCUCAAGUACCGGGCGCUGGCCAACGGGUUCGCGUUUGUGGGAGGCGCCGUCGGGGGCAUUGUCGGCGGAAUGGGCGCCGGCGCCGUGACAAAUGUCGAUGCGGGCGGCUGGCGGUACAUCUUUUGGAUGCAGGCGGCGUUCCAUGGCGCCACGGCCUUGGGCCUGUUGGCGUUCUACUGGCCGCCCAAGCAAGAGCGGCCCAAGGUCUCGCUGCGCGAUAUCCUGUGGUCGAUCGACCCCAUCGGCUCGUUCCUCUUCGUGUCGAGCGCGACACUAAUGCUACUGGCGCUGGACUGGGCCGGCGGAGCAUACGCCUGGUCGGAUCCCCAUGUGGCGGCGCCGCUGGCCAUUGGGCUGGCGCUGUUUGUGUUGUUCGGGCUGUACGAGUGGAAGGGCCGCGACGAUGGCCUGGUUGCGCACGUCUUCUUCCAUCGCGAUGCCAACUUUGCGCUGUCCGUCUUCGCCUUCGCCGUCGAGGGCUGGAUCUUCUACAGCGCGGUCAACUCCAUCACGCCGCAGCUGGUGCUCAACCUUGGCUUCGAGAGCGACUCGUGGCGCAUCAGCGUCCGCCAGCUGUCGUACUCCAUCACCACGCUGGUCUUCUCCUUCGUUGUGACGUGGUAUUCGACCCGUUUCAAGGACCUCAAGACCCCGCUUCUCGUCACUUGGGGCUUCUUCCUCGUCGUGACGAUCGUCUACGCCGCCUUCCAGCCGGGCUGGAACCGGGCGCAGAUCGGGCUCAACAUCAUCGCGGGCAUCGGGCAGUCGGGCCCGCUGACGCUGCUGGUGGCGUGCAUCCAGUUCAGCGCGCCGCACGCGUUCCUGUCGACGGCGACGGGGCUGGGCUUCUCGGCGCGGGCGAUCGGCGGGGCGUUCGGCUCGGCCGUGCUGGACGCCAUCAUCAACGGGCGCAUCGCGUCGCACUACGCGCCCGCCGUGGCCGCCGCCGCCACGGGCGCCGGCCUGCCGGCCGCAAGCGUGCCCGCGCUGCUGGCGGCGCUGGCGGCCGGGGAGAUCGGCACGGGCGACGUGCCCGGCGCCACGGCGGCCGUGUGGGACGCCGCGGUGACCGAGAGCAGGGCGCAGUACACGCAGGCGUACCGACUCGCGUGGGCGUCCAUCAUCCCGUUCGUGGUGCUCGCCACGGUGGCGAUCGUGUGCAUGCGCGGUGUGAGCGAGCUGAUGACGGAGAAGGUGGAGGCCACGGUCGAGCGGGUCGAGGCGCGGGACGAGAAGACGGUCUAG